AUGAAUGUCUCUCGUUCCUACCCGUCGACCGUGAGCAGCGUAUCGUUCUCAUUCCUGUCUCCCGAAGAUGUUCGACGCAUUUCCGUCAAACAAAUCGUCAACCCCAUCCUCCUCGAUGAUCUGAAUCGUCCGAAUAUUGGCGGUUUGUACGACCCUGCCCUCGGACCUAGUGAGAAGCAAGAUAUUUGUGCCACAUGUCGGCUCACAUAUUUUACCUGUCCUGGCCACUUUGGUCACAUUGAGCUUCCUGCGCCAGUUCAAAGUGGACAGAAAAGUAGUGAGUACAUUACGAACGUCUUUGAGAGUGCUCCUUUCAUGCUCCGGGUGUUACUCCAGAUGUGCAGAUAUGUAGCCAAAAUACGGCUACUGGAGCAUGGUUUUCUUAUUGCCGCGAAAGCUUUGGACGACGUUCAUGUCAACACGACGAAAUCACGGCGAAAAGACGAAGAUGAAGAAGAGGAGCCCACUGAAAGCGAUCACGCUUUCGAACAAAGGAUAAACGCCUAUGUCGCGGUCCAUUUGGCUGCUGCGUCUGGAAGCAAACGAGACUCGUACAAGGAUAGUCUUGUAUUCCAAGCUCGCAGGGAGGUAAUCGACGAGUUCUUGAAGACGACCAUGCUCAAGAAAUGUAAAAACGCGAACUGUGGCGCCCACUCGUAUUCCUUCCGAAAAGAAGGGUAUACGAAGAUAAUCGAAUACGACUUGUCCACCAAGCAAAAACAGCAGCAUAGCUUCGUUGGUUUGAAGAGACCGAACGUACUAGCCGAUCAACAAAAGGGGAAGUCAUCUGUGCAGAAGGAGUGGAAUAUGCUGGAUGACGGCGAAGAGUCUGAAGACAACUCAGAGACGUCCGAGGGUGAGGAUGUAUUCUCCGAUGCGGACGACGCGGAAGCCAAAAAGGACAAUGCUCCACAGCUUCCCAAGUCAGCAAGCGGGAAAGUAAAAACAGCUCGUGGGCGAAACGAGCGUGUAAUGCCUCCUGAAGAGUGUCGAGCUCAUUUGCGACGGCUGUUCGCAAACGAAUCGGUGAUGUGCUCUCUUCUUUAUGGUCGACAUGGUCCCUUUUCACCAUUAUCAAAACACAAUCUUUCGUUCGCUUCCGUCGAUAUCUUCUUCCUGGAUGUCUUACCUGUCAGUCCUACCAGGUUCAGGCCACCUGCAAAGAUGGGUGAGAUGCUGUUCGAACAUCCGCAGAACGAACUGUUGGCAAGGGUAAUUACAACGUCCUAUCGUCUUCGUGAUCUCAACGAGACCCUCCGAACUGCGUCGCUGAAAGAGUCUACCGUCGAUGAAGCUUCCAGGAGACGGAUAUUGCAGUCUCUGCUUGACGGUCUGAUUCAACUACAAGUUGAUGUGAACAGCUUCAUUGACAGUAGCAAGAAUCCAGCGCCGAUACGACAGGGGAGACUUCCCCCGGCUGGUGUGAAACAGGGUCUGGAGAAGAAAGAGGGUCUCUUCCGAAAGAAUAUGAUGGGAAAGCGUGUUAACUAUGCUGCUCGUUCGGUCAUCUCCCCAGAUGUUAAUAUCGAACCAAACGAAAUUGGGAUCCCGCCAGUGUUUGCUCGGAAACUGACUUUUCCCGAACCUGUUACUCCCGCCAACUUCCAUGAGCUACGCCAGUAUGUCAUAACUGGACAGAGCGGCUAUCCAGGUGCGUCAAUGGUUGAGUACGAGGAUGGCCAUCUACAGUUCCUCGAUAAAUUGAGCGUUGAGCAAAGAACCGCUAUCGCCAAUCAGCUACUGACGCCUCAGGAUGGCAGUCACGGUUCAAUCAACCGUUCCGGACUCUACACUCGGACGCCUGCUGUCAACAAGAAAGUUUAUCGCCAUCUCCGAGACGGUGAUAUCCUUAUUCUCAAUCGGCAGCCCACGCUUCACAAACCUAGCAUGAUGGCUCAUAAAGCGCGAGUUUUGCAAGGAGAAAAAACGAUUCGAAUGCAUUAUGCCAAUUGUAACUCUUAUAAUGCCGACUUUGAUGGCGAUGAAAUGAACAUACACUUCCCUCAGAAUCAGGUUGCUCGUGCGGAGGCUAUGUACAUCGCUAACACUGACAAUCAAUAUCUUGUGCCAACGUCGGGGAAACCACUACGUGGUCUCAUCCAAGAUCAUGUGGUAGCAGGUGUCUGGAUGACAGCGCAGGAUUCGUUCUUCACGCGUGAGGAGUAUUUCCAGUUACUGUACGGGGCACUCCGUCCUGAAGAUGAGGCGGGACAUCAUAGCGGCCGAUUACUUACACUUCCGCCAACUAUAUGGAAACCUAAGCCCCUUUGGACGGGGAAGCAGAUCAUAUCCACGGUCAUGAAAAACAUCACGCCCAGCAGUUUUGAGGGACUGAAUUUGCACUCCCAGGCGAAGGUGCCUGGACAUCUAUGGGGAACGGAUUCCCAAGAAGACAAAGUCAUCUUCAUGGAUGGCGAACUGCUUUCGGGUGUUCUGGAUAAGUCUGCCUUUGGAGCGACAGAUUUCGGUCUCGUGCACUCGGUAUAUGAGUUGUAUGGCCCAGAUGUUGCGGAUAGCCUCCUUGGGAUUCUAAGUCGACUUUUCACCAAAUUCCUUCAGCACCGAGCGUUCACCUGUCGGAUGGACGAUUUGGCCCUCACACCAGAAGGCAAUGCAAAGCGAGCAGAACUGCUACGGAACGGCGCACAGCUAGGGACUGUGGGCGCAACGGACAACUUCCCCUCCCUGGCAUCGGUUUCGGAGGACGAAAAGCCGGCUAUGCUUCGCUCGUUGUUGGAAGACGUCCUGCGCGAUGACAACAAAAUGGCCGGACUGGAUAUGACGGUUAAGGGCAAAUUGGCCAAAUUGACGAAAUCCAUUGCUGACGCCUGUAUGCCCCACGGUCUUCUGCGCCAGUUCCCUCAUAACCAUAUGCAGACCAUGACACUUUCUGGCGCCAAAGGGAGUGCUGUCAAUGCUCAGCAAAUAUCGUGUGCGUUAGGUCAGCAAGAACUAGAAGGUCGUCGCGUUCCUGUCAUGGUUAGCGGCAAGACACUGCCCUCUUUCAAACCGUUUGAAACUAAGGCUAUCGCUGGUGGUUACGUUGCAAGUCGCUUCCUGACUGGCGUCAAACCACAAGAAUUCUUCUUCCAUUGCAUGGCUGGUCGAGAAGGUUUGAUCGAUACUGCCGUAAAGACGUCGCGAUCGGGCUAUCUUCAACGAUGUCUCAUCAAACACCUCGAGGGUGUCCGUGUCCAUUACGACAAUACCGUUCGGGGAAGCGAUUCUUCCAUUUAUCAAUUUCAUUAUGGAGGCGAUGCGCUGGAUGUUACGAGGCAGAAGCAUUUGCUCCAAUUUGAGUUUAUAGCACGGAACGAUGUGUCCCUCGUCAACCGAUAUCGGCCCAAGGAGCUGUCUUCCGUCAUCUCGGAGGAGGCUGUUGAUUAUAUGAAAAAGGUUCUCAGAUACAAGGACAGGCCGUCAAAACGAGACACGUACAAGCCGGCGCUUUCGAUCUACAAUCCAAGCCGCUACCUAGGGAGUACGUCGGAGAGGUUCGCUGAGAAAGUAGAGGAGUAUGUAAAGAGGAAUCCCCACGGUUUACUGAGGAAGAAGCACCAAGAGGAAGGGAUGCAGAUUCGGCGAAGGAAACCACUUCUCCCCAUGAAACAUUUUAAAUUGCUCGUAAAUGUUAAGUAUAUGCGUAGCUUGGUCGACCCAGGAGAAGCAGUUGGGCUGCUCGCGUCGCAGGGCGUCGGCGAGCCAUCGACGCAAAUGACACUGAAUACCUUCCAUUUUGCGGGGCACGGAGCCGCAAAUGUCACUCUCGGUAUUCCUCGUUUGCGAGAAAUUGUCAUGACGGCGUCUACAAAACCCAAGACGCCAUCAAUGACCAUGCAGGUCCGCCAGGGAGUCCCGCUUUCAGACAUCAAUGAAUUUUGCAAGAAGGCUACUCGUCUCGCUCUCUCUCAUCUCGUAGACAAGGUCGUGGUCAAGGAGCGACUCACAGCACUUGGCGAGACGAGGACCAAAGACUUCACGAUUGAGUUGAAGUUCUACCCGAAGGCUGAAUAUCAGGCCGAGUACGAUGUGCAGCCUGCGGAGAUAUUAGCCGCAUUCGGUUCCAGGUUCCCGCUAAUGUUCAAGAAAGAGAUACAAUCGGAGAUGAAGAAGCUGGAUGCAGACCUCAAGAGUCAAAUGAAAGAGCUGGGAAAAGGCAAGGCUGUGCGAGAUCGGGCCCCGACUCGUGGACCCGAUGGUGCCGAGGUAGACGACGACGAUGCCAAUGAGGGAGGAGGUGCGAUAAAAGAUGAUGACGAAGCGAGUGAAGUUGGAGACGGGGAUGCUACCGCUGCUAAGCGGCAACGUCAGACGAAAGAACAGGCUACGUACGAUGAUGAUGAAGACGAUGAUGAGAUGGAGUUAGGGGAAUACGACGAUGCGGAAAUUGAGGCGGCUUAUGCAUCACAAGCUGGCGAUAGUGAUAUGGAGGAUGACGGGGACAUUCAAAUUGACGAGGAUUUAGUUGCCGAAGUGGCUAAAGUCGAGGGGUUAUUCAUGGAAAAUGUGCCUCCUGCGACAUCAUUCAGCUUCAGUGACUCCGCUUGUACUAUUGGACUUCAGUUUUCUGCUUCUAUGCCCAAACUGCUAUUAGUGGGGAUUGUGGAAAAGGCGUGCGUCAAGACUGUGGUCCGCGAGAUUCCGGGGAUUACGGACUGCUUCAAAGGCGAGGAAAGCGGCCCAGCAGGAGACCCCAAAUAUACUCUUACGACAAACGGGUCUAACAUUCCCGGACUGUGGCAGUUUGCAUGCAGAGACGCUGACAGUAUGAUCGAUGAAAAUGGGAUCUAUUCGAAUGACAUUUAUGCAAUCCUUUGCGCAUAUGGAGUUGAGGCGGCACGAGCCACAAUUCUUCGGGAGAUUGGCGGCGUCUUUGGGGUUUACAAGAUUGAUGUCGAUUCUCGCCAUCUUGAGCUAAUAGCUGAUUACAUGACCUUCGAUGGCGGGUAUAAGCCCUUUAAUCGUAGGGGCAUAUCGACAAGCCCGUCGCCUCUGCUGAAGGCAUCGUAUGAGACCACCGCCGCAUUCCUAUCCGAUGCCACGCUGCACGGCGAUUUCGAUGAUCUGACUACACCGUCUGGAAAUAUCGUGAUGGGGCGACUUAAUCUGACAGGAACGGGCGUUUUCGACGUCGUGAUGCCUGUCGCCGAGGAGACACGGGGAGACGCGCAAGGGUUUGCACAUCAUCGCUCUGGCUCGUCCCAAGCAACUGAGUAG